AUGAGCAACUCCUUUCUUCCAUCUUUACAAUCUGAACUUUUCACCAUAGGAAACGAGUUUCGGAUGUCGAAUCUGGAAGUUUCUUCCCUGCUGGACAACAAAAUGAACGUGCACAGCAAUGGUGGAUUCUAUUUGCAGUCCAAAGCAUUCAAUGAUGAUUACUGGUUAAGAGAUGAAGAUAAUGUGGCAAUUCCUGCUCAGCCCCUUAAUGAUCUUCAAACAGGUUAUGAGUACAUCAUAUCAAGGUGUGAUACAAUCUAUGAGCAGCCAAGAAAGAAGUUUUUGGUUCCACAAACUCCAAAUGAUUUGCAGGCCAAUCACAAUGAAAGGAAGCACCAAUUAAACGGAAAAGAGUUCGUAUCCGGAGAGGGCUUUAGUGUACCGCAGCUCGAAAGCAUGCCUUUGAACGAGUGGAACAAGAACAAGAGGAAAAGAACCUUGUCUAAUGAAGAACAUCAUGAAGUUCAAAAUGGCUCGGUUAAGGCUCAGCGGUGCAGGAUGCAAAUUCCAGUGAGGAGAAGUCAAAAGAUAGGUGACAAAAUUACAUCUCUACAAAAGCUGGUAUCUCCAUAUGGCAAGACUGACACUGCUUCAGUACUCCAAGAAGCUUCCCUAUAUAUCAAGCUCCUUCAAGAACAAAUUCAGAAUCUAUUCCAGAUGCUAAGCAGCUCAUAUAGUAGCGUCAGAGCACUCCAACCACAGCCGUGCAUUGAUGUAGAGGUGAACGGGGAAAGGGAAAUUGAUUUGCGAAGCAGAGGACUCUGUUUGGUUCCGGUAUCAUCGGUUCAGGAAAAGUCGAAAGAGAUCCGUGCUGAAGCUCACAGUCGUAUUUAUCAAGGAAGUUGGUGA